AUGAGAUUCAUCGACGUUCACGCAUCAGAAGCAAGAACAGGAAGCGCAAUGACACACAACAUCAAGCCACUCUUCAUUGCUGGAGGAUUCUCUACCCGCAAGGGAACACCUAAGCACCUUAUGCCGCAUAGCGAUGGGAGACCAGCAUACCAACAUACUCUUGAACAUUUGGUGAACGCUCUCCCCCUUACAGACACCUUCUACAUCUCGUUGCGCGAUGAGGACCAGACUUUAGAGAUGGAUCUAGCAGGUUCUCACAAAAUAUCAAAGCACAUCGAACCCAUCUACGACUCCACAAGCGUCCCUUUGGGCCCUGUGGCGGGGCUCAUCGCUGCACACAUCUGCGCACCUUCGGCCACAUGGCUCAUUGUCGGCUGUGACUAUCCACUCUUGACAGCACACACACUCCAGCAAUUAAUGAGGGAGUACGUCCCGCCUGUGACAUGCUUUGGUAAUGAGCAAGGUCUGUUAGAACCUCUUCUUGCAAUAUGGAGCCCACGAGCAUUAGGAAGACUUGCAGAGAACGUAGCUGCGGGAAAGUGCGGUCCUAGCAUGACUGUUGAGGAGUUGGACGGGAAGAUUCUGACUCCACACGACGAAAAUUGGAUUUUUGGCGCCAAUACUACAGAGGAUUGGGGUGCUGCAAUGAGCAUUGCAAAGCUGGGAGCGAACCCUUCGGCUUGA